UACACUGCCAGCUUUUGAGCGUUGGGCGCCAUUAAUGGGAUAACUCCAUCGAGACGAUGAGCGCUUCGAAGCUGGUUCAAUUCGCUCGUCAAUGGCGCUCCACGGCCAAAGAAGCCGUGGCUCACUCCGUCGUGUUCGCCCAAUUUCUCUCCCUUCUUCACGUCACCGACGCCUACAUCUGCUCGCCGACCCUAGUCUACGGCCCGAGCAUGCUCCCGACGCUUAAUUUCACCGGAGACGUUUUGCUGGUCGACAAGCUGUCGCACAGGCUGGGGAAGGUGGGCCCCGGCGACGUCGUUGUGGUCCGGUCGCCGGAAAAUCCCCGGAAGUCCAUAACGAAGCGCGUUCUGGGGUUGGAAGGUGAUGUGGUCACCUUCUUGGUGGACCCCAGUGGAAGCGACCGCUCUCACUCGUUAGUGGUGCCAAAGGGUCACGUGUGGAUUCAAGGGGACAAUAUCUAUGCGUCCCGUGAUUCACGACAACUCGGCCCGAUUCCUUACGGGAUGAUUCUCGGCAGAGUAUUUUGUAGAGUUAAAUCCUGCAGUAUUCCUGUGCUGAUAAUCGGGUUUCAAGGUGGUUUCUUCCUGCAGACCAUGUGCAUUUCCAACGAGUAUGGCCACCUCAAGACUUUGGACGACUUGGACAAUGAGAGUGAUGAAGAGUUGUAAUUUUUAAUUAAGAGGCUGUGGCACCAUUUUCGACCGCUCGUUUGAAUUUUUUGCUUAGAUUUGAAAGACUCGGGAAAGGAGUGGAACCACAUUGUCGCAAUUAUCUUCUAAGCUCUUCCCCUUUUUUCCCCCUUUUUUGUUAUUGUUUUGAUUUGUUAACAAUAUACCUUCUGGGUAUUCUGCUUUGUAUUCAGGAGUUUGCCUAUACCAUCCUAAUCUGUUCAUUUUUUAACCCAAAGAAUUAAUCCCAGUUCAUGGGGCCUUCUUGAAUAAAUUUAGACUUGAUUUUUUUAUUUUUCUUUCAUUUUUGGUCUUUGUUGGUGACACAUUUGUGUCUAGAGCUAUUAUGAAACGAACUGCUCGUGAGCUCGAACUUGUAUAUUUAACGACUCGGCUCGUUUAGGCUUGAAUUUCUAUUUAAUUUUAUUGCUCGACUCAUUAUGCCUUGAGCUAGGGUCGUUAAUAUUGAUACUAAUCGAGUAUCAGAAGCUUGG